AUGUUGGGAAAGCUUUUCAACCUGACGACUGGCGCAGGCGCCGGUUCGGUCCCCUCUUCCCACGCCGACCAGCCAUCCGCGCCACCCGAGCCAGUCUCUUCACUCGAGUCUGUCCAAGAAGACUUGCACACUCGAAGUCUUCUCUACCCUGAUGCGCAGACGCUGUUCCGGGGCCACCAGGAUCAGGUCUUUCCACUGCCCAACAGCCCACAUCUCCCGGCCGCUGCGCUGGCGUCUGCGUUUGACUACGAUGGCGACCUCGACCUCGACAUGCGCGACGUUCGCGUUCUCAUCAUGCAAGAUGGAAUCAGCUCUGUGCCGGCAAGCCUGCUUUACGACUCACAGCCUGCACCGCCGCCGCCGACCCCAACUAUGCCCGACCGGCCGUCAACCAUGGGCGGCAUGGCGCAUCUAAGUCACGGUUUGCAGGAUGCCUCGAGGCGGAUGCCCACUUCCCCGCGCAAACCGAGCCUAAGUCACACAACUCGGCCCCUGGUGAUACAACCAGAUAACCCACAACUGCGCCAGAGCGCCACCUUCGACCGGCGGCCGUCUCUUCACAGCCGCAGCCACUCGCGGCUCGAGACCGAUGCACAGCGCGCACACCGCGAAUACGCCGAGGAAAUCUCGGUAUUCUCGAGCUGCAUCUUCGGCAACUCGGAGCUCCUCGCCUAUCGUGGCACGUCUACGAAGGUACAUGUACUCCCAUCCGAGCAGCGUGCGCCAGAUUUGUCGUCGUUGGCGCUUCACGAUGGCCGCGGCUCCCUUGGCCGCUCCAGUAUGCGCUCCAGCAAGCUGUCGCAGUCUUUCUCUUCGGAAUCUGCCGCCAUGUUUCCACCGCCGACAUCAUCCUCGUCAUCACUCGCCGCUGGCUCUCGAACUGCCGACCGAAAGAAGGUGCUCAUCACACGACUCUUCCCCGUUACGCUUCCGAAUGACGAUGAUGUCAGCACCACCAUGACGCCGCACAGCCGGUUUUCGGAAGAAAGCGGAAGCAGUGGCUACCCCUUUCCUCCCACUUACAGCGAAGAUACGCAUUUCCAAAAGAAAAAGAAAAAGGCCCAGCUCAAGCAAAAGCGAACUCCCAUGUACGCGGUUGCUCUGAUUGUGAAUCUGCCCCAACCUCCACCGCCCCUGACCCAGGCCACUUCAGCCUCGCGAAGCACCUUCCGUGGCCCGGGGUCGUACUCGGAACAAGAUUCGUUCCCGUCGUCGUAUGGGUCCGGUCGCCGCGUGGGCUGGGCCCUUGCCACGGCUGCUGUUGGUGGACACAGUGGGAACGGCAGCGGUAGCGGCAGCGGCGGUGGCAGUGGAAACGGCCUUGGCAUUGAUGUCGCGAUGGGCGAAACAGCACUUGGUGGCGGCACGCUUCCCAGCGGAGUCAUUGGCACAACGACCGAUCUUGAGGAACGAAUGGAUCCCAUCACCCAGCACUGGGAUAUUGUUAUGCGUGCACUCACCCAGAUGCAAACAGUUGCCUCGGCCGCGAUUCUUACCCUUCUACGGGCGUCUGAUGUGGCCUCCCCCGAGCCCUAUCCUCCAUCAGCCUCGGCCUACGCGCGCACAGCCACGUUCAGCGGGCGGCAAGAUGCGCUCGGUGGCCCCAUGAAGAUGCCCAAGACGAAUGCCAAGCUGAUCACACUCUUGCCAAACGCGCUCAUGGACAUGGAGCGGAUCAUACGUGAGGUAGACAGUGCGAAGACCCGGAUUGCCGUCGGUCUUCGCGCGCUGCGGGUUGUUACGGGCCAAAAUCGCUGGGGGAUCUGGCGUGAGGAGGCUCGGUGGGUGUCCCGCUGGGCAUCCUCUGUUCGUGAAAGGAAGUUGCAGCCGACGGCGCAGGCACAAGCCCUCCCACUGCAUUUGCAGCCACCGCCUCUGUUGCCGCUGUCGUCUCAGCAAGGCCAAGAUCCUUUCUUGUAUAAUCUUUUGACGGCGUUCCUCUCGACCCAUACCGAUUGGCUGCAGGCUCUAAGUCCUGCACGCUACCGCAAGCGGCACCUCAUGCUGCAGUCUUCCAAGAGCAACGACGAUACUGUGUCCGCCCGGACCAUUAUUGUCUCCAGAGACAAGAUUGCAGCCCGGCGCCUCGUGUUUCUCUUAUCCGCUUUCCUUCCAGCGGGCCAAAGUGUCACCAACUCGGUGCGGGUCCAUCGCCCUAGCACGUCCAUGUCCUGGGGUGCUCUGUCCCAGUCGCCCCCGGCCUCGUUUGUUGUACCCAUCAUCAAAGAGCAGUCGUUGCGCCGGAAGAUCAACCGCCGCGGCCCUGGCGGGAGUGGCCGGCGAUCGUCGCAUUCACGCAAUCUCAGUCUCCAGGGACAAGCCAUCCCUGGCGGCAUUCCAGCGCGAUCCGCAUCCAUGUCUGUGACCGGUGUGCCCGCCCCCCUUGCACACUUGAACCUGCACAGAGGCCAGCACGAGCGACGGCCGUCUGAUACCGCCUCCAUUCGCACGGCCAAUUUCCCGUUCACCGGAAACGACUUCGCCACACGAAAGAGCAGUGCGGCGACCAUGACCACAGUCACGUCAGACGCCACUGUGCCACACUUUGCAACCAUGCAACGCUCCGACUCCACGUUCUCGGUGAGGCCCGACAGCAGCGCCAGCAGCGCUGCGGCAGAUGAUCUAAAGCGCACGCUGCAGCGGGGCGACAGCACCACGAGCCAGCAAGGCAGUGGUGCCCUUUCGGGGCCUUACCUCCCCGGCCUGGAUUCAGACACCCGCAACCAGAGCCUUCGCUGGGGCAGCAUGCUGACUGGCUUUCUCAGUGGCCGCCGCCGCGACUCCACGUCAAGCAACACUGGCGGCGGCGGCGGCGGCGGCGGCGGCGGCGGCGGUAGGCACAGUCGGAACUCGUCGAUCACGUCCUGGGACCCACUCGGCAGAAGAAAUAGCCUGUUGCCGCCGCCGUCUCCGAGAAAGCCACAGCAGGAUACGGCAUCCCGGCAAGGAAAGGUCACGACAGGCCAACAUGCCAGCCAUGGUGUGUCCGGAACAGGGCCACACGCCGAGGAGGCUGUCGACCCGCAUACACCCCGGCUCUCACACGACAGCCCGAACCUCGUUGGUAGCACGUUUGCUGGCAUCGACUCGUUCCGGCGGGCGCCUGAACCGGACGCCGGUUUUGAUUCGCCAGUGAAAGCAACGGCCAGCGCGGACGACGGUGUUAUUGACGUGGACAUUGCGUUCCCAGACUACAUCCGGUCGUUUGAGACUGCCGUUAGCUCGCCAUCGAGCAGCGGAUUUUUGUCGACGCCUGGAUUUGGAAGCGGCCUGGAUGCGUUCGAGCAGUCAUGCCGCGUAUCCGUGGACGGCGAUCUCCCUGCCAACGUGGCCGGUUGGCUCCAGAACUACCACCCGGAUUUCUGUCUGCAGGCUCUCCCGCCACAGGGAAAUCUCAUGGCGCAAAUCAAGGAGUCGAUGCGGACCGAACCCUCGCCGUCUGGCUAUGCCUUUGAGCCCGAAACUGGCGGCCAGCCAUCGACGGCGCACCUCGGCGAACGCUGGGCAGACAUUUCGAGCGCCAUUGUUGUGGAUGCCACAAAGCUCACGAUUACGCGUGUGAGCUACAGCCGGCUGGUGCGGCCCAAGGUGACGCCGGACGUGUCGACGCCGAACAGUGCCAACAGCCCUCCGACACCUGUCACCGCGUCGGUGCCAACGACGGUGCCAUCGCAGGAGAUGGAGCAGCUGGACGAGCGCUUUGUCGAAACGCCGAUUGUCUCGACGGACAGCGUCUUGACCAAGGCCAUUGAGCGCGUCAUUGCACAGGGCGUCGCAGGUAGCGGGGCAAGUGCUGUUGGCGCCGGCGGCGGCGUGAGCAGCGUCGGAGGUGCUGGUGUCGGAGGUAGCUUUGAGCACGUCAACAUCCACAGCGGGGAGAGCACAGUCGACAGCAGCGGCAUCAGCACAGACAACUCGGCGCGGUCGUCGCGGUCGGCGAGCAUCCGGCGUGGGCGACGUGACAGCUCGUCGGUCGGGCCGGACGAACCGUACCCACCCGCACGUCCACGCUAUGUGAAUCCGUCACCCGCGGCAGCCUUCUCGCCUCUGACGCCGCUCGGGCUGGAGGAGGUGCCCCGUGCAGAGUGCAAGACGGUGAUCCUGUCGGCGCUUGAAGAGAUUGUGCGCGACGUUGUGCAGAGCAAGGACAGGGACGACCAGGCCGACGACGGACUCCGCGACCACCCGGCCACAUCCUCCAAGGACAAUGGCGACAAAGAAGCCCCCAGCGUCUUGCGCAGUGCCGUGCAGUCGUGGCUGGAAAACGUCGACAUGGGAGAAGUCUGA